AUGUGCUUCAAUGUGCCCGUUCAGAGCCCGGCUCGUCUACUCCUAGAGUCCACAUACGCCAAUUCCAAUGCCGGUCACAUCACGCACACUUCACUACCCGUCUCGAUGGAGAUUGCUUCCACUCUUGAGAAGCAACUCGAAGUUUGCGGAAUGUGCGAAUCCACGACUAGUCCCGCGUACACCAGCUUUCCGGAGACCACUUCUGAAACCCCAAAGGACUUGACGCUUUCCUUUUCAAAUUUUGUCGAGGAGUACAGUCUCGACGCCGCGGUCCCGCGUAUCUUUCAGGUCACCGAUGUUGGCAUGGGCAAUCUCGCCAACCACACGACCUUGUCUCUUCUUUCGUUCCCGUCUCUCAACGGAAGCAGGAUCUCUCCGACGCCAUCGCCAGGUCGUGGCGACGUCUUCCUCACUGCUGCGGGGGUUCGCAUCAUUCGAACCGCCGUGGGCGUUGAGGCUUCGGUCCAGAACACUGAUGGGGAAAUGACCGUCAUCCGCGCGGAAGGCUUGUCAUAG